AUGACAGAAAUGCAGGGGCUGAUGGAAAGACUGGAGCGGGCGGUGGUCCGGCUGGAGGAGCUGUCUGCAGAGUCCCAGAGGUCCACCGGGGACUGUGGGGAGGUGAACGGUGUCAGCGGAGGUGUGGCACCUUCCAUAGAAGCCUUCGAUAAGCUGAUGGACAGCAUGGUGGCUGAGUUUCUAAAGAACAGUAGGAUCCUUGCUGGCGAUGUGGAAACUCACGCAGAAAUGGUGCAUAGCGCCUUCCAGGCACAGCGGGCUUUCCUUUUGAUGGCCUCUCAGUACCAACAACCCCAAGAGAAUGACGUGGCUGCACUGCUGAAACCAAUUUCGGAGAAGAUUCAGGAAAUCCAGACUUUCAGAGAGAGAAAUCGGGGCAGCAGCAUGUUCAACCACCUCUCGGCUGUGAGCGAGAGCAUCCCUGCCCUGGGGUGGAUAGCCGUGUCUCCUAAGCCUGGUCCUUAUGUCAAGGAGAUGAAUGACGCAGCCACCUUCUACACUAACAGAGUCCUAAAAGACUACAAAAGCAGUGAUAUGCGCCAUGUCGACUGGGUGAAGUCAUAUCUGAACAUUUGGAAUGCGCUCCAGGCAUACAUCAAGGAACACCAUACCACGGGCCUCACUUGGAGCAAAACAGGUCCAAUAGCAUCAUCUGUAUCAACACUGCCUGGACCUGGCCUGCCUUCACCUCCUCCUCCUCCACCUCCCCCCGGACCACCUCCACUUUUUGAUAGUAAAUGCAGCAAAGAAGAAUCCUCUCCAUCGCGCACAGCUUUAUUUGCUCAGCUUAACCAGGGAGAAGCAAUUAUGAACGGGCUCCGGCAUGUCACAGAUGACCAGAUGACACACAAAAAUCCCAGCCUCCGGGCUCAAGGAGGACAAGCUCGGUCUCCAACCAAAACCCGCUCUCCUGGUCCCACCUCUCCCAAGUCUCAUGCUCCUCAGAACCACGCUCCUGUGUUUGAGUUAGAGGGAAAGAAAUGGAGAGUGGAGUACCAAGAAGACAGGAAUGACCUUGUGAUUGCAGACACUGAGCUGAAGCAAGUGGCUUACAUUUUCAAAUGCAACAACUCUAUGCUCCAGAUAAGAGGAAAAGUCAACUCCAUUACAAUUGACAACUGUAAGAAAUUUGGCCUUGUGUUUGACAAUGUGGUGGGCAUUGUGGAUGUGAUCAACUCCAAGGACAUUCAGAUCCAGGUAAUGGGGAAAGUUCCAACAAUUUCCAUUAAUAAGACAGAAGGUUGCCACGUAUACCUCAGUGAAGACGCACUGGACUGUGAGAUUGUGAGUGCCAAGUCGUCAGAAAUGAACAUCCUUGUUCCUCAGGACGGCGACUACAGAGAAUUUCCUGUUCCUGAGCAGUUCAAGACAACGUGGGAUGGAUCCAAGUUGGUCACCGAACCUGCAGAAAUUAUGGCCUAG